CUCGUAUAUCGUAUCCGGGCUUUCUAUGUCCUAACCUUCCAUCCCUAUUACUUUCUCUCUCUCUCUCUCUCCACAAACAAAACCUCACUCCAAAAAAUCCACACUUUCGAUUCAUACGUUUUCCAUUUCCUUGCAACUCCAAUUUUCAACUCCGCAGCAAUUCCUAUUUCUCAAAGAAUCACAGAAAAUUGGGGUUGUUAGGGUCUUCGAUUUUCUUCGACCCUUAUCGAGUGCACUUUCCCUUUGAAUUUCUUAUCAAUUCUGAUUCGAAAUUAGGGUUCAUAGAUUUGGGGCUAAAUUUUCAUCUUAGUUUGAAAAAAUAAAACUAAAUUUUUGAAGAUGUAUGCUGAUCGGGUGGAAAGUGGAGCAAGGAGGUCUGUCAAAGAGCGUCUGGAUGGAAGCAUCAGUGUGUCUACUCGGAAUCAGCGUCAAGUUACUGGCAAAAGGCCGAGGCAAGAUGACAAGUGGGAACACGAUCUUUAUAAUGAUGAUGUUGAACAAGAACAACCGCGUACCACUAAUCGCAAAGUUACUGGUCAAGAUCUCCGUGUUAAGCUUCAAAAGAAAGGUCUUCAACCUGCAACUCGGAGUGGAAAGAGUUCUACCCCAAGCACCAGGGAUCUUCGUGAAAGACUAUCAGGGACAAUGAAUACACAACCUAAAAACUCCGACCCACCAAAGUCAAAAGUGAUUGCUAAACCGAGCAGUAAAAGUGUUGGUGCUGAGGCUCCUGCAGUCAAAAGACCAGCUAACCCAGCUCCUAAAAAGGCCCGGAAGGCUGGUACUACAGUGGAUGAAUUUUUGCUGACCUUGGGUCUCGAAAAGUAUCUCAUAACUUUUCAGGCUGAAGAAGUUGAUAUGACAGCUCUCAAACAUAUGACUGAUGAGGACCUCAAGGUUAUGGGUAUACCAAUGGGGCCAAGAAAGAAGAUACUUUUAGCGUUGGAGUCAAAAGUCUGACAACUUAUGUUGGAGUUGAUGUUGUUAGCUGGAUGAUCCUGCUGCUUGUAGACAAUAGGGGAAGAUGGAUUAACAUCUCAAAACUAAGUGUAAUAGCAUGUCUCUAACUAUUUUCAGAUUUCUUGUUUUACUUCCCCUAUUUUUUUUUAGACAUGAAUCAGGUUAGUUUUGUAGUUUAUUUGGCAAAAUCCUUCAAUCUCCUAGAUUUCUUAUUUGUACUUAGUAAUUAAUGGAAUUCAGGAGUUUGCCUUUUGACAUUGUCUGAGGUUUUAAUUUAUCAAUGGGUUUUAAACCGAAA